UCAAAGCUAAAUGAAGCUGAAAACAGUAAAAAAACACACAGAAGAAGCCAGUUCUAAAUAUUCACUUCCUCUUUCCUAUCCUUUUCCUAGGCCUGUAGGCUAGCUGCCACACAGGGAUUGGAGCUUUGAGCUUGAGGCAAAAAGUGCUAAUUCCAGAGGUACUAUCAAUCAGGAAACUGAAGAUGGUGAAAGAGGUCACAGCUGUCGUUAUUGGUGCUGGGAACCGGGGAAACAACUAUGCAGAUUACUCCGUAUCAGAACCAGAAAAAUUCAGAAUAGUUGGAGUGGCUGAGCCAAGGAAGUUUAGAAGAGACCUCAUGAAAGACAAAUUUUCCAUUGAGAGCAAACAUGUAUUUACAGACUGGAAAGAUGCCGCAGCCCUGGACAGAUUUGCGGACUGUGUCAUCAUAGCAACUUUGGACAAGAUGCAUAAGGAACCAGCCAUAGCAUUUGCUAAUAAGGGAUAUCACAUCCUCCUUGAGAAACCUAUCGCUGUCACUGCAAGUGAUUGUCAGGAGAUAGUGAAAGCUUGUAAAGAUAACAGUGUCAUCCUGGCUGUCGCACAUGUUCUACGAUAUGGAUUACAUUCACAGACGAUCAAGGAUGUGAUAGACAGUGGCGCCAUUGGUGAUGUGGUUAACAUUCAGCAUUCUGAAUCGGUCGGAUUUUGGCAUUUUGCACAUUCGUUUGUACGUGGAAACUGGCGGAAUGAAAAAGAAACGGUGUUCUCAUUAUUGGCUAAAUGUUGUCAUGAUGUUGACCUGAUUCAUCACUGGGUUGGCCGGAGAUGCAUGAAAGUUUCAUCGUUUGGUAGCCUGAUGCACUUUACGAAGGACAAUCAGCCUGAAGGCGCUUCCUCCCGCUGUCUCGACUGUGCAAUAGAAAAUCAGUGCCCAUAUUCUGCUAAGAAGAUAUACCUUGAAGACGGAGCUAAAAGUGGUCAGUUUGGUUGGCCAGUGAGUGUGAUCACCGAUGUCAAGGACAUCGAGAGUGUGACAGAAGCCCUGAAGACGGGACCAUACGGCAGAUGUGUCUAUGAUUGUGACAAUGAUGUUGUCAGUCAUCAGAUUGUGAACAUGGAGUUUGCAGGAGGAAUCACAGCUUCCUUGACCAUGGGUGCUUUUACUCAGAAAGUUGGAAUACGAGAGACUAAGGUCUUUGGAACGAAGGGAGAGAUACAUGGUGUGUUUGACGGUCCUGUGGAGGUGAAAGAUUUCUUGACCAACAACAUUACCACAUACCCGUGUAGAGAAGAUCCAAACAUUGCUUCUAUAGGAGGCCAUGGUAGUUGUGACUACAGACUCAUCGAAGCAUUCGUCAAAGCAGUAGCAGAGGAUGACAGGUCAAACAUUGUAGCUGGGCCGGAUGAGACACUUGCCAGCCACCUCAUUGUGUUUGCAGCUGAGAAGGCGCGAGUAGAAAACAGGGUCGUCAUGAUGGAGGAAUUUGGAAUAUAACCAGAUAGACAUCUUAUCUAAUGAUUCUCCGUACUUAGGGACAAAACACUGGUGUGAUGAUAACUUCUACAUGUAUACUAAAGUCUGGCAUUUUGUAGCUAUCGAGAAGGAGGGUUUAUGUAACGCAUUGAUAUUUGUAUUGGUAGAGGGUUGUUCCGAGUGUGAAAGUUAGUCCCUUGUUCAGACUACUUAUGUGAGCAAGGACCUUUAAAAAUAAUGGUGCUCAAGUUUUAUGAUCAAUGUGCCAGUGCUUCAGCAGGAGCACAACUAUGAUUUCAGCCAACAAAUAAAAAGCUUGGAUGUAUUAACCUUA